ACGAAGAAUCUGGAAGCCGCGAUAAAAGCGAUUGUUUUGAACAAUGCGCUCAUAUUGUGUAAGUUAACGAAGCAAAAGAAUCAACUUUAGUUUAAACAUGUCUUUGUCUAACGCUGCCGAGUUGAAAGAGAACGGGAAUAAAUUUUUUAACUCCGGUAUUUAUAAAGAAGCGAUCGAGUGUUAUUCCAGAGCAAUUGAAAUAUCAGAAGAUAAAAACGAAAAGUUGGCUUGUUUUAAAAACAGGGCUGCGUGUUAUUUGAAAUUGGAAAAGUACAAAGAAUGUACAGAAGAUUGCACGAAAGCACUUGAGAUAUCGGCGUCUGACGUCAAAGCUUUGUUCAGAAGAAUUAAAAGUUUAGAAAAACUUGGCGAAACUAGUCGUGCGUAUGCCGAUGCGCGAAGAUUGAUUCAAAUUGAACCAAAGAAUAAAUCGGUUCAAGAAGUUUGUUUUCGACUUCGUAGCAUCAUGGAACUAGAGCUUGUGAAAGAGCAUUCCACCGAGAACAGAGUACAAGCAAUGUUGCAAAUAUUGUUCGACCAAAAUGUGGACGAUGAUAAAAAAAGAAAAGCGGGCGACAAUUUAGUUUUUCUUUCAAGAGACGAGGCAGGAGCUGAACGGAUAUUCCGCGAAGGGGGGCCGGCAGCGCUGACACAACUCAUGGACUCAAAAGAUCUCUUUGUUAAACUCUCGGCAAUUCGAACGAUAUCUGCGUUGUGUGAGGGACAUCAAGCUAGGUCACUUGUGAUGUUGCGUGAUGUCACAAUCGAUCGAUUAUGCAAAUGUAUGGGGUCAAAGGUCGACACGACCGAGGAGGUUUCCAUGGCAACAUUUCAGUUGAUACAAAGCAUUGUGACAUCACUACAAGGAAAAGACAAACGCGACCAUAGAGGUCACGAGGUCGCCGUGCAUGCUGAUUAUGGGAAGGAUUUGUUGAGCAUCAUGUUGGAGUUGAAAGCAAUGUUGGAUGACGUGGAAGUAUCAGCGGUAGGAAGAGAUCAUGCAAUAUCAUUGGUGGCUAAGAAUAUCCCCAGACCUGAUAUUAGAAGCGGUUCAAAUGCAAGGACACUAAAGUUUAUGGAAGUUGGAGGUUUAAAAUCAAUGUUGGACGUCGGUAGUUAUGGUUUCGCACCCGGUACUUCCCCUUUCCCGAUAACAAAGAACACUCGACUUAACGUUUCAGUUGCUUUGCUUAAACUUUACGAUGAUUUGGGCGGCGAUAAAGCCAGGGGGGUUUGGGAUGAAAAGAUAUUCGACUAUGUGCAAUCUUUAUUUGCGACUGGUACAAUGCUGGCCAACAAGAGAGCAAUGUCAGUAUUGACAUGUUUGUUGCAAGGUCCGUUUGAAUCCGGACAAAAAGCGAUUGGGUUGAAAGGAGUUUUGGAAACGAUGAUUGCGAUGACGGGAGAUGAGGAAGAAGAUAGCCAAAUAUGUGCGAUCGAAGCCAUAAUCACAUCGGCAUCGAAGCAAAGCAAAGCGACGUUUGUCGUGGAGAAUGGCGCCACCUUGCUGAAGGAAUUGUUCAAGAAAAGCGAGUCUGACGCGGUUCGUGUCCGCGCAUUGGUUGGAUUGUGCAAACUUGGGGCUUCUCAUGGCUCCGAUGUGAGCCUACGUGCGUUUGCCGAUGGCUCGACGGUCAAACUUGCAAAGCAAUGUAGAAAAUUCCUCACAAAUCCGUCAAAAGAUUUCGAUCUUCGUAAAUGGUCGGCGGAAGGUUUAUCGUACCUAACACUAGAUGGCGACGUUAAGGAGGAGUUAUGCCAUGACGAGGAUGCGUUAAAAGCUUUGUUUGAUAUCGCACGAACGAACGAUAAAACUGUGACGUACGGUGUUGUCAGCUGUUUAGUCAACUGUACGAACACUUACGAUAAAAACGAUGAAGUUGUCCCGGAGAUGAUUGAACUUGCUAAAUAUUCGAAGCAACACAUUCCCGAGGAGCAUGAGAAAGAUAAACCACGAUCAUGCUACGAGGAAAGCGGCCUCAGGUGCACUUGCUAUGUUGACUUCGAACAGCGAGAAUAUUGCAAGAAAAAUAAGAGAAAAAUGCAAAUCAUGGUUGGAUAAUUUGUCAAUUAUUUCGUUGGACGAAGAUAAUGAGAUUAAACAUCGCGGGUUGGUCGUCGUUAACAACGUCGUGGCUGCUUGCAAGUUUGCUGCCGAGGAUAUCGUUAAAAGCAAUAUACUCGAGAUACUAAUGGGAUUGUCUAAAGACUCAACACUUGGUGGCAGUAAAGUGCAAGAUCUUUCGAUUUCGUGUUUAAAGAAAUUGGAAUCUGAUAAUUUUAUUCAAUCCACUGGUUUGUGAUGUCAUAAUGGGCAACAAGGAUCCAAAAACCCGAAGUUGAAACAGUCCAAUGAUGCAUGUCGGUGUUGUGACGUAAUAAUAUCGUCAAUGAUGUAAUAAAAGCCACAAGAUGACGUUA